AUGGCAAACGGGAUGCAGAGUUUGGGCGUUGAUGGUCCGCCAAGCGGCUAUGAACCUUCGCAGGCACCUGGUGGAGGUGGUGGUGGCGGGUCCAUGGCAGCUGUAUCUCAGCUUUUCACCCGGCUCGCUCAGGAGAUAGAGGAGCAGAAGCCAAAGAAUUGCAUACAUUUUGUCGUGGAUUUUCUUUGCAAGCACUAUCCCGAGCACUUGCACGGCUUUGCCUCAAUUUGGCAGAUGGACCCUGACCUGGAGAGGGAGAGGCACGAGGUCGUGAACUUCUUCAAAGCACACAAGAUCUCCACAGCCGUGGCUGCCCACUUCACGAAUGCAGGGUAUGAUACUCUCGACACGCUGACAACGCUGUCGCCAGACAGCCUCGUCGAUGUCGAGGCCUUCAACAAUGUAAAGUGGCUGCCCGGGCACAAGGUCAGACUUCAGCAAAUCUUCAGCGAGAUCUCUGCCAGAGUUCGCGCGUACCGACAGCAAUUCGGAGAGGGCCAGCAGAAUCGCCGGCGGCACCAUCAGGGCCAGCAAGGCCAAGUUGGCAAUGCACCGGUUGAUAGGCGACACGACUCGCCACCAAAUUACAACAGAUCCCAUCACUCCCUACACGACAACUAUGCGCAAAGUGCUCAUCCAGCAAGCCACCCUCACCAUGCUCACCAUCCUCACCAUCCAUCAGUUAGCCAUCAUCCCGCAAUCGGCCACCAGGGCACUCCUCCGCAGCCCUAUGUGGCAAGUCAUCACAGUGUCGCUCAUCCAGUCAGCCACCCUCAGCACAUCACGCCUGUUGUUUAUCCACAGUCUUCGCAUCCUCCCCAGGGGGCGUCUGGUGACAGACAUGUGGCUUACACUGGCGGCUUCAGCGGUGGCUACUCAGGCGGUCUUGCUCCUCCUCAAUCUGUCGCUCCCAUGGCGCCUCCAGCAGCAGGUAUGAGCCUUUCUCCUGGGCUCCCCAAUGCGUCAGGCAAUAUCUUCCUGGCUAACAGCGCAAUCCAUCCUCCCUCGUGA